GGACCAUGGGGGAAGGGUGUGUGUGUGUGUGUGUGUGUGUGAGCGUCCGCCGCAGCCCUGCCCAGCCUAUUCUUUCUCUUGACGUCCUUCCUUGAUGCCAGUGUCACACGCUGCUGGUGAUGAACAUUUUACAGCCACUGAACAGUUUUUAUGUUUGGGAACAUUGACAUACCCUGCCUCCUCGAAAAGGGAUAUUGUUCAGUGGUCUUUGUUGGGACAGGAGUGCGCUCGAGAUACGCUUAAUAGUUUGGAUUUCGUAUCGUACCCGCUGUUGUUUAUUUAUUAAUAUAUUGUUUUCCUGGAAAUGUGCACAGAUGACUCUUUGAAGGGGACACUGCGUCCGUGGGAGUGUUUUAUUUUCUCUGGACAACCUAGACUCAUUGAAAAAAGGAGUCUGUUUUCCUCUGUUUGAUGCUGCGGUAGCUCAUUUUUUUUCUUCUGUUCUGCUUUUGUUUUCUUUCUGUCUGUCUCGUGAUAUACAGUCGUUGACUUCUGCAGAUCCUUGGGGAUUCAACAUACAUUUCUGCAAACCAGACGCUGUAUAUGGACAUAGUAUGAAGACAGUUGAGCGAGACGUUUUCGUCUAGCUAAGGACAAAAUGAUCUAUUGUUCCGGCUAGCCAAACUCCCACAGACAUGAGCAUCAUAUAGCCUUUUUAUCUAUGUUCUCACCCCACCAGUAUUGCGCGAACCAUCCAGCAAACUUAACCGAAAAUGAGGAUUGUUUAAGGGAAACGCUGUACUGGUGGUCUGAGAGGGCAGCGAUAGCCUCGCGAUACUGGCUCGGCUGCUGACUGUUUCUCUGUGCUGAUUCAACUAGCGACUGUCCACGGAUCGCUGAAAUAAACCCAGGGCUGCUGAAGGCUGAAGCUCCGGAGACGAUGUCCUCACGCGCCGCGCUGCUGCCGGGGAACGACAGGAAUGCAGACCACCAUGCCUCCCUCUCAGCCAGUCGUUCAGAGAAGGGCUCGGGAUGGUCGAGUCGCUCACUCGGAGCCCGUUGCCGGAAUUCCAUCGCCUCCUGCUCGGACGAACAGCCUCACAUCGGCAACUACCGGCUGCUCAAGACCAUCGGCAAGGGCAAUUUUGCCAAAGUGAAGUUGGCACGCCAUAUAUUGACCGGCAGGGAGGUUGCAAUAAAAAUCAUUGACAAAACCCAACUCAACCCUACAAGCUUACAGAAGCUCUUUCGAGAGGUACGGAUAAUGAAGGGCCUCAACCACCCAAACAUAGUUCAGCUCUUUGAAGUGAUUGAGACGGAGAAGACGCUUUACCUUGUGAUGGAAUAUGCCAGCGGUGGUGAAGUGUUUGACUACCUCGUAUCCCAUGGGAGAAUGAAGGAAAAGGAGGGGCGUGCAAAAUUCCGACAGAUCGUGUCUGCAGUUCAUUACUGUCAUCAGAAGAAUAUUGUUCACAGGGACCUGAAGGCGGAAAACCUCCUGCUUGAUGCAGACUCCAACAUCAAGAUUGCUGACUUUGGCUUCAGUAAUGAAUUUACUCUGGGCAGUAAACUGGACACGUUCUGUGGCAGCCCCCCCUACGCCGCUCCAGAGCUCUUUCAGGGGAAGAAGUAUGAUGGGCCAGAGGUGGACAUCUGGAGUCUGGGGGUUAUACUGUACACACUGGUCAGCGGAUCACUGCCCUUUGAUGGACAAAACCUCAAGGAGCUGCGUGAGCGUGUGUUGAGGGGGAAAUACCGUGUGCCAUUCUACAUGUCUACUGACUGUGAGAGCAUCCUGCGCCGGUUCCUCGUGCUCAACCCCACCAAGCGCUGCACCCUGGAGCAAAUCAUGAAAGAUAAGUGGAUCAAUGUCGGGUACGAAAACGACGAGCUGAAGCCUCAUGUAGAGCCUGUAGAGGAUUAUAAUGACAGCAGCCGUAUAGAUGUGAUGGUAGGAAUGGGUUACACUCGUGAUGAAAUCAAAGAUGCCCUGAGCACACAGAAGUACAAUGAGAUAUUUGCCACGUAUCUGCUGCUAGGCCGCAAGAAUGAGGAUGGCAUGGAGUCCCGGUCAAGCAGCAGUCUGUCUCUAGCACGGGUGCGGCCCAGUCCCAUCACGAAUGGCACCAGUAAACACUCCUCCACCUCCUCCUCCAGCUCCACCUCUGCCUCCAGCCACACUAAACCCCAGCGCAGUGCCUCCACCUACCACCGCCAGAGGAGGCACAGUGACUUCUGUGGGCCAUCAGUGCCAGUAACCCAUCCCAAGCGAAGCCCCACCAGUACAGGAGAGGGGGAUCUAAAAGAGGAACGUCUGCCCUCGAGGAAGGCCAGCUGCAGUGUGGUGGGCAGUCGUAGCAUCCCCCCGUCGAGCCCCAUGGUCAGCACAGCCAACAACCCCAACAAAGCUGAGAUCCCUGACCGCCGCAAAGACAUUAAUGCAACAACGAACAACAUCCCUGCCAGUGCCAUGACCCGUAGAAACACUUACGUGUGUACGGAUCGUACGAGCACCGACAGACACUCCUUACUACAAAAUGGGAAAGAGAACAGCUCCUUGUCACAUCGAUUACCUCCAGCCUCCCCGUCCACCCACAGCAUUUCUGGAGCCGGGGCCUCCAGCUCCACAUCUUCCGAGCGUUCUCGGUUGACGAGGGGCUCUACCAUCCGCAGCACCUUCCACGGGGGCCAGCUCCGGGACCACCGGCCUCCCACCCAUGCACCCCCCACCUCACCCACCCUCUCCCACGAAGCCAGUCCUCUUCCCCACUCCCGUAGCCGUGCCACCACAAACCUGUUCACUAAGCUGACCUCAAAACUUACCCGCAGGGUCAAUCUUGACCCCUCAAAGCGCCAGAGCUCAAACAAGUCAGUCUCGGGCUGCACUCUGCCACAGGGAUCAAAAACAGUUAGGUCACAGACGAACCUGAGAGAGUCUGCAGAUCUCCGGUCACAAGAAAACAAGCAAACAACUCAAACAGACGAAAGACAGAAAAUAGCUACAUAUACAACUACAAAAAGUCAGGCUAAAAAAUACAGUCGCUAUCUAUCUGGGUAUCAAAAAGCGACAGAGCCCCGGACCCCCCGAUGCGGCUGGGAUGUGAAGGUGCGGAGCCCGCGGGACCCGGCCGAGGUGGUUCUGGCUCUGCGGGAGGCGGCGCAGGGCUGCGGUUGCCAGGUCCACCAGGCCGGGCCCUUCCUCCUCUCCUGCACCCACGGAGCCGCCGGCUCCCGUGUUGCCUUCGAAGCGGAGGUGUGCCAGCUGCCCAACGGCCCCGCCGAGACCAGCGGUGUUCGAUUUAAGCGCCUGUGGGGGGCUCCGCUUGCCUUUCGGGACAUCGCCACCAAAGUGUCCAAAGAACUGGAACUCUGAGGGCAAGAGGGGGUGGAGAUCAGGGACAAAAGCAUGGGACAGAAAGAUGGGAUGAAUGGACGUAGACCCGCCCCCUCUAAGCCUACAAAGACUGGCACACAUACAUUGAGAACUGGGCACCUGCUGAAGGAACUCCCUUUACCAGGCCUGUUUUACCGCUGAUUUUACCUGGUAUCUUAGCCAUCUUGUU